AUGCCCGAACCUUUACCGGGGAUGGGGGUAACCGUGCAAAUGCAAUCACGCGACAGUCUGGAGCUGCCAGAUCACGCACCAUCCACCAGCAUUGGGACUGCACCGUCACCUGUCCCCAGUUCCGAUAGUGAAACCGAAACGCCUGAGAUUGAAGCAGACAUGAGUGGUGCGCAACCAGUAGGGCACGAAACGAACCUCACUGCUGAGACCGACGCGGAUUCCACUCGACCCAUUGUCGUCCUUCCUCCCUCAUCCAGUCCGGCUCACUCAGUCGAAUCGGCCGAUAGUCGGUCAUCCGGAUUUUCCGGGUUCGAACAAAACGACUAUAUGAUGGAAUUGCAAUUGGACGAUGAAUUAAGUUUGCCCGUGGCACAACCGGGUGGUCCGGCUGAGCAGAGCACAUCUCAUUGCACGCGAUCUCCACCAUCCACUGUGGUUUCCGAAGUUUGUGUGCCUGCAACGAACACCACUUCACCGUUUCACUAG